UCGUUGCCUGAGAAGAGUUGUGAUUCAGAGGCUUCCAGGAGGCUCCCCCGGUCACGAUGGCCCUCAGGCUCCUGCCUGCCUUCACGGACGACGACGACAACGAUGACGGGAACUUCACAAAAUGGAUGAGCAGUUACUGGGGACAUGGAGCAGAAGGAGGACACGCCAGGGACAGAAAACACAGCUUCAGAAGAGCUGCGGGGACUCGAGGGGAUCGAAGAGCGUCGCUCCCGACUGUGUCUCAGUUGGACGCCAUGAAGCUGAACCGGAUCCACGCGGCGGCGAUGGCCCACAGCCCGAGUCACAUGAAAGCCCGAGAGGAGAUGAUGGAGGUCAGGAACCACCAGAGAGCCCACCGAUCCUCCUCGGACGACAACAGCCGCUCCAAGUCCGGCAUCCUGGAGAACCGGAUCAGCACCAUCCCCGAGCUCACCGAGUCCUUCGAGAGGAGGCUCUUCCUCCGGGAUGAGAGGACCACGUCUCUGAAUGAUGAUGACAAGUUGUGCCUGAUCUGUCAUGAGGACAUGAAGAAGAGCGGAGGGCCAGUUCAACAGCUGCACUGUUCACACCGCUUCCACAAAGAGGUGUCUCGGAGGUCAGAGCGGGGUCGACCUCCCCACGGUGAGGCGUCGGCUUGUCAGGUGAGGAGGCUCUCGGACGAGAGGAGGAAGUCUGCAGACGGACCGCUCUGCCUGGAGACGGAGCAGCACACACAGCGGCGUCAGCUCUCCCUGAGGAGACAUCGCUGUGUAGAAAUGGAGGAUUCACACCGAUGACAUCUGGAUGGUCUCCCGAACUUUUCUCUAGGACUCUGUGUGACGUUCAAGAGUUAAGAUCUCAGGGCCUCGACUGUCUGAUCCUUGUGUGUGGGCCCCGUCGCCAAGUCUGCUUUGGGCUGAUUACCACUCAGUCUCCUCAGUGUCAAAGGUCACAUUUAGCAGGAUCCAUAAAUCAUAAUUGUUCAAAAGAAACAGUUAAAGAAAUCUGAAUUCACCCAUGUUUCUUUUUUUUUUUUUAGAUUUGUUGAAAAUUCUUAUUAUU